GUAUUUAGGACGUGGCUGUUAAUGGAACAUUUCAUAUAUGAGCACAGAAUAAGGAAGGCACUCUAAUCUUUAAGGAAAUGGCAGGAUUCUUGGACAACUUCCGAUGGCCAGAAUGUGAGUGUAUUGACUGGAGUGAAAGAAGAAAUGCGGUUGCUUCGAUAGUCGCAGGUGUAUUGUUUUUCACAGGUUGGUGGAUAAUGAUAGAUGCUGCAGUAGUUUACCCAAAGCCAGAACAGAUGAACCAUGCAUUCCAUACCUGUGGUGUGUUUUCAACACUAGCUUUUUUCAUGAUAAAUGCUGUGUCAAAUGCACAGGUGAGAGGAGACAGCUACAGUGAUGGAUGUUUAGGAAGGACAGGUGCUCGUGUCUGGCUCUUUAUUGGCUUUAUGCUGAUGUUUGGUUCACUUAUUGCUUCGAUGUGGAUUCUUUUUGGAGCAUAUGUUACACAGAACACUAAUGUUUAUCCUGGAUUAGCAGUGUUUUUCCAGAAUGCAUUGAUAUUUUUCAGUACUCUGAUCUACAAGUUUGGAAGAACAGAAGAAUUAUGGGGAUGAGAGAUCAAGGAGAGCGUUAUCUGUUCCAUAGUGGCUAUGUUGUACUCUGUAUGUAGAUACAUUUACAUUUCUUUGUUCUCAUUUUGCUUUCUCAAUCAUACAAACUAAGACAAAUUACAGUUUCUGUAAGAAGUUCCCCCUUUUCAUAGGAACGCUUUGUGAAUAUGUACAUAUGAUUGUAUAUAUCUUAAAAAGGGAAAGUUGGGCUCACUCUCUGAAAUCUUCAGGCUCAUUUAUUCAAGCACAUGCGGUUC